GAUGGGCUGCACCGGGUGGCAGCGCUUUGUUUUCUGUGCCAUUUUUAUUGUUUCCCACAGACCUGAUUACAUUGGCCAUCGACCCAGCAGGGUGACAUAUGGAGCAGCAGGUGCUCGGGCAGCUUGCCUCCAUUGUGCGGCUACUGAGAGCACAAAGAAAGGUCCCAGCUCCCAACUUGGAGGCACGGCCGCUGCUGGAGGGGCUGCUCAGCCUUAUUGCAGCACUGGAGAUUAUUAGUGGUGUUACCAUCAUCUAGAGGGGCACAAGUGCGUGGGGCCGAGCUGAUGGGACAGGAGGGUGCUGUGGUGCUUACAUGAGGGUGUUCUGCUCCUCAAGAGCUGCUCUGGACCUGGCAGUCCCUGUGGAGGCUUGAUGAGAUGUCAGCUUCCAGCAGUGACUGAGCACGAAGGUGUCUCCCUGGCGCGAUGGGCUCCUCAAUGGGAGUCAUCUAUAAAUGCUGCACUCCUGUUAGAUGAGAUGUAAAUCUCCCUGCCCGCGCUUAGAGCCACUGAGUAUAACACGGCGGGAGGCAACGACAGAUUAAGCCCCAUGACAUGUUUUAUAUGGAGAUGGAGAGAAGGAAUAAAUUCCGUGGUGCUGCAGGAUCCCAGCAGGGCGGGCUCUGGGUGGCACAGCAACAGCCACAGCCUGCCUGGGGUUCCCACUGCCCCCACGUCCUCCCCUGGCACUUGCAGGAGCUGUGCCAAUGUGGGGAGCAGGCGGCUCAUCCCGAGGGACAGUCGCGCCCCAUCCGUGCCCCCAGAGGCACAAUUCUCCAUCACCCCUCUCAGCCAAGCAGAUCAGUUUUGCUCUUUCAGAUACCACACGCGGAGCUCUGUGGGCCCUUCCUGAGUGUUGAGCAAUAGAGCCGACACCUGCAGCUCGGGUGCUUACCCUGACCUCCAGGUUACUGGUGAAAUUAUUUGUGUUGGAAGAUGACAGGAUCACCAAGGGAUUAGUUUUCCAUCACAGUAAUUACCCAGCUCCUUAAUCUGUUGUUUUCUCCUCUUUCUCAGCCAGGGCUCCGUAUAUAAGGGCCAGCAGGAGCUGCCUCCCGCUGAUUGCCUCUUUGUGUCCCUUCAGCCUGCAGAGCUGGGUGCAUCUACAACCAUGCUGUGGUGCGUUUUGCUGCUGGGGGGCUGCCUGUCAGCAUCACAAAGCGCUGGGGGCCCGGAGGCCAUCCUUAGGAUGGACGUUGGAACCAUCAGCCGUGCCGUCUCCACCGUGCUGAAUGAGAGCGAUGUCCUCCAGAAGCUGGUAGAGGGAGCGGCAAAAAAAAAGGCAACCAUGAAACCCAUCAAAGGCAUCUCCGGGCUGAAGGUGAUGGAGCUCCGUGCCGCGGAGGUAGCACUGUGGCUCUCGCCCGGUGUGGGGGUCUCCAUGGCUGUGCCAGUCCGGAUGACCCUCACAGGGAAAAGCUUUGUAGGAGGAAAAAUGGACAUCCCCAUGGCUGCCAACCUGAGCGCCAGCAGUCGGGUGGUGCAGGACAUGCAUGGCUGUCCCCGGCUCAGCACCGGGCGCUGCCACGUGGUGCUGCUCCACAGCUGGGCCAACCUGCCCCACCGCAUGCUGCCCCUCAUCAUGAGCAAGUUCCUGGAUAGCACCCUCCAGAAAGCGCUGCGUGGCCUGCUGUGUCCAGCCAUGGACGUGGUGCUCGAUCUUGUGAAUGCAAAGUUUGCCACCAUGAUGUAUACAAUCCCAAUUGGGAACGCUGGGAUGCUCCGAUAUGCCCUGCUGAACGCCCCCGUGGUGAGAGAAGCUUUCAUCCAGCUGGAGCUGAAGGCCAUUCUCCACAGCAGGGAUGGAGAGGAGGUUGCCCAGCCCUCAGUCCUGCCACCUCUCACUUCCCUACCACCGAAGAGGGAAGCGGCCACUCAGCUCAUCCUGGCUGCAAGCUUCCUGAGUGCCGAGCUCUCCAUCAUGCAGGCAUUCUUCAGCCUGAACAUCACCAAUGGCAUGGUUCUGGGGCUUCUCCCGCUGGUGACCACAAUGCUGGGAGCCCUCAUCCCCGAGAUCUCCAGCAUGCUGCCUCCAUCACAGCCAGUGGUGAUUGAAAUGCGAGAGACGCAACCGCCGCUGGUGACAAUAACCCCGGAGAAAAGCACCGUGCACCUCUUCAGCACUGCUGAGUUCUGGGCUUCCAGUCCCAGCUCUGCUCCUGGAUCCCUCUUUGUCCUGGAUGUGCACUCUGAGCUGGGUGUGCGGUUUGCUGUCGCAGAAGAGAGGCUGCAGUUCUCCCUGACACUGCACAGCCUGUCCCAUGUGGCCGUGGUGAACUCCUCCAUCGGGGCAUUCAAUGUGCUGCCGCUGAGGGGAGUCCUGGCAGACAUUAUUCACGUGGCUUACGUGCCAUCCAUCAACAGAGCACUGCGAGGAGGGGUCCCAUUGCCCCCACUGCUGGGCACUCCGUACCAACGCGUGGAGCUCAGGCAGAUACAGGAUGGGCUGGUGCUGGACGUGCCUGUGGUGGAGCCCUGAUGCACGGGGAGGAAUGGCUGCACCUGGUGGGUGGGAGGGGGCUGCACUCCUGGGGGAUUCUUUGCUCUCCCCUUGGCUUUUCAAUGUUUUGACUCUCUGAGCUAAAAUAAAGACAGCGUGUUGCCCAGUGAUGGACUCCAGUACUGCUGGGUGUGCCGGAGGGGGUGCAGGUUGGAUAUUGGGGGAAAUUUCUUCUCCAAAAGAGUAGAGAUGCAUUGGCACAGCUUGCCCAGGGAGAUGGGGGAUUCACCAUCCCCAGAGGUGCUCCAGACCUGUGGAGAUGUGGCGCUUUGGGAUGCAGUCAGUGGGCACAGCGGGACAGGUUGUGGUGUGCUUUAGUAUUCCAGGAGCACCUCCUGCCAUGGCCAUCGGCUGCAGUGCAGGUAUUGAUCCCGAGCGUAUCGCUCACUUAUUGCUGGAUAAUUACGUGUCAUUAGGAGGUCAAUAAACAGCUUCGAUCCCCAUUUCAUUGAACCAACAUGAUUGCUUUUUUAAGAAGCUGUCCCAGAGGGCACCACACUGCAAUGCUGGCUCUGAAAACCCCCUUUGUUUUCCCCUGUGUGCUGCUGGGUGCUUGGGGAGGAAUGGUCUGAGUGCUGUGGGGCAGUGGUCACACCUCCCCACGCAGACUGUUAUGGUGCUGUUACAGUUCCUGCCCUCCUCAGUGCCAUGCAAACAUUCCCAAGGCCAAACCUAUUUAAAAAAAAAAACAGAGAAAAAGUUCUUCCCUAUUGUUCUUGCGUUAGCUAAUACAGGACCAAAGCCUUUGGGUUUGGAUUUCUCUAAGAUGAAAUACAGAUCUGGAUGCAGCUCUCUCAAAGGAGAAACCAGAGCCGUGCAUCUCAGGUGGCACCCAUUUAGCCUGCCAUAAAGCGUGUCACGCGGUGCCAGGCUGUGCUAUCACAUAACCCACUGCAGCCUGGGACGGCCACCGAGUGCAGCGCAGAGCCAUUGGGCCCCUUCCUGAUCUGGGGACAACGCAAUUCCCUCUGCGCUGGGGCAAGAGGGGAAGGGCUUGGGGGCCCUCAGCCCAGUGGUGAGGGGAACCCAUGUGCUGCCACCAGCUCAAUCUGUCACCCCAUGGCUGUCGCAGUCCCAGUAGCCCAUUUCCUUACAGUCAUGGUGUUGCCCACGUGCAGGUGAUGCUUGCUCUGCUCACAUCAAGAUCUCCAGGGCUGGGAGGGGCUGCUGCUGCCCACCCUCACCUCUCACCUCCCCGCCGAUCCAGGCAAUAUUCAUCUAUUUUCUCCUCCCUUUGUUCUGCUUUACUCUGUGUGUCUGACUUCCCACGCUGAUUUGGCUCCGGGUUCUGCGGGCUCUGAGAAUCGCUUUGUUGAGAGCUAGACCUUGAGAUGUCAUUCUCUUUAUGGGAACCUGCCUUGGUUUAUCUAAAAUAUUUGGUCGUCAGAGACCUCUGCAUUCAGUGGUGCGAAGCCCCAUUGCAGUCAGGUCUGAAAGGUCACUGCACAGGAGCUAUUCCCAACGCCCGGCACCGCGUGUUGACCAUCGUUGGAUCUUUCUUUACGGUCAGUCAGCCUUCCUAGCAUGAUUGAUUGCCCAAAGAGUAAAGCGGUUCAGGAGGGAUGACAACGUGAUACCAUCUUGUUAACACCCUCUUCCAUCUUAUCAAAUGCCACGAUCUGGCAGUGACAGCCCGGCUUUGUGCUCCAGGGGUGUCUGACCGAUCGGGUUGCUGCACAGUGACAGCUCCAUCAGUACUUUGGCACCUUUGUCAUCCCCUCCUUGGCCCCCAGCUAAGGUAUUUCUUAAAGCUGGAAUUAACGUGUGACAGAAGCUGGCUAAUCUCCUGGAAAUACUUAUUUCCAAGUUUGCAGAAAGUAUUAACUCUGAGCAAGCAUUUUUCUGGGCUGUUACUCCUCCAUGCUGGGGAUCAGCCCAUGUAACCCUGUCCUUAAUCAUCACAGCAGCGGAGCGAAUAGUUCACAGCUGUCCCCUGGCUGGGCAGCGUGUCCUCUCCCAGGGGCCGGAUGCAAGGUGCAGGCCUGCAGUGGGGCUGUGUGGGUCUGCAGCCCCCAGAGGAGGACUGUUCUGUUCUGCCUCAGAGCUGCUGCUGUGGUGCAACUCAAGGAGCAGCUCCACAAUGCUGGGGCCAGGAGAGAGUGGACAAGGAGAGAGCCAGGGUGACUGUGGGUACACAUGGCAUGUGCUUUCCUCCCAUGAAAGCGCACCUCACCUCCAGUCCUGCAGCAUGUGGAGGUAGCAAUAGGCUCAGAAGUGGUGUCUGAGUCCACAAUCAGAUGGAAUCUGUAAGUUCAGGGUAUCCACAAAGUCACAACACCUCACCCAUAUGCCCUAUGGCAGAGCCAAUACUCCCUGCCAAUUCAGUGCCUCCUUCUGCUCAACUGCCAGACAGGUUCUGAGCCAUUCAGGUUGCUGUUGGUAAGUGCUGGGUGAGGUCACAGGCUGCAGGCACGUUGGGUCUCGCUUUGCUGGCAAGGUGAAUACCCAGCUCUGAUACCAGCACCAUGGUCUGCCAUGGCACUGGGAUGGGUGCCAUAUGGCUUUUCCUUCAACAUCCCUAACAUGGCACGUGUCCACUGCAUGGCUACCUGGUGUUUUGACACAGCUUUCAG